AUGCCUUCAACAAGUGACCUCGCUGAUCCCAAGGAAUAUCAGAAGAUUUUCCACUGGGCCGAGACGCAAAAGGAUGCAACUAUCCCUUCCUUUGCAACAAGGCGCAACGAUCCUUAUAAAUACCAAUCUGGUUUUGGCAAUGCCUUCGUAUCGGAAGCGGUGCCUGGUACCAUUCCACAGGGUCAAAAUAACCCCCGCAAUGUUCGCUUCGGCCUUUACGCUGAGCAGUUGACUGCCACUGCGUUUGUGGCGCCGCGACAUGCUAACAAAAAGGCGUGGCUGUACCGUGCUCGUCCGGCAGUUGCACACCAGGGUUUCACGGAACUGCCAGAUAACAAAGACACCGAGUCCAACUUUCUACCACUCAACCCCCGCAUCCAUGUCUCCCCGACCCAGCUGGCCUGGCACCCUUUCGAUAUCCCCGCCAGUGGCGAGGUCGAUUUUGUCUCGGGAUUGAAAACAAUCGCAGGUUCGGGCGAGCCCACCCUGCGCGAGGGUCUGGCCACCCACGUCUACGCAGCCAACACCAGCAUGAAAAAGAAAGCAUUCGUUAACUCGGACGGUGAAUUCCUAAUCGUCCCGCAACAGGGCGCCCUAGACAUUCAGACCGAGUUCGGACCUCUCUUUGUCCAGCCCGGAGAGAUCGUCGUCAUCCAGCGAGGACUGCGCUUCCGCGUGGAACUACCGGACGGCCCGUCGCGUGGCUACAUUCUCGAGGUCUGGGGUUCAUGCUUUGAGCUGCCCGAAUUGGGACCGCUGGGCGCUAACGGACUGGCCAAUGCACGGGACUUUUUGAGUCCCGAGGCUCAUUACGAGAUUGCUCAGGAGCCCUGGGAGAUUGUGUACAAGCUUGGCGGCAAGUUCUUUAAAAGCACGCAAAACCACAAUCCAUUCGAUGUGGUGGCAUGGCACGGGAAUUAUGUCCCCUAUAAAUACGACCUGACCAAAUUUGUCAAUGUCGGCUCAAUCUCCGUUGAUCACAUUGACCCGAGUAUUUUCUGCGUGCUGACGGCCAAAUCGCGCGAUCUGGCCGCACCCCUUGCCGAUCUACUUAUCUUUUCUCCGAGAUGGGAUGUUGCGUCCCACACUUAUCGGCCCCCCUACUACCACCGCAAUGUAGCCUCCGAAUUAAUGGGUCUCAUCUACGGAGACUACGGCGGCCGGAGUGACGCGUUCAAGCCGGGCAGCGUGUCGUUCGAAUGCGGAAUGGUCCCGCACGGCGUCGCCUACGAGGAAUUUAAAGCGGCGAGCGAUAACCCGCCGCCGGUGAUGCAAAUCUCCGAGGGCUCGAUUGCAUUCAUGUUCGAAUCUAGUCGGCCGUUUACGAUUACGGACUACGCGUGGAACAGCGACAAGAAGCACGAGCACGAGCCCUCGAUGUGGGACAGUCUCGUGGACAACUUCUCGAAGCAUGCAAAGGAGAUCGAGGAGAUUCUGGCGAAGACCAAGAACCUGUAG